CAGCUGCAUCCAGAUCUUUACCUCCACAGCUUGGUUCAGGUCGAAUUAAGGUUGACACCAUGGAAAUUAUGAGGCAUCCUGAGGAAACCACCAACAUGAAGAGACAAACUGUGGCUUCCUAUUUCAGGUAUUCUCUGAUGGAUCUGUUGUCUAAAAUGGUGAUUGGGCAACCUCACUUCGUUCGCUGUAUUAAGCCCAAUGAUGACCGAGAGGCAUUGAAAUUUUCUCAAGAGAGAGUCUUAGUGCAGCUACGCUAUACUGGCAUUUUAGAGACUGUCAACAUACGUCAGCAAGGAUAUUCUCAUCGCAUUCAUUUUGAUGAGUUUGUGAAAAGAUAUUAUUACAUUGCUUUCAAGGCGCAUGAGACCCCUCCUCCGAGCAAAGAAAACUGCAUCGCUAUUCUUCAAAAGGCCAAGUUAGACAAGUGGGCUCUUGGGAAAACAAAGGUUUUCCUGAAAUACUAUCAUGUUGAACAACUGAACUUGUAUCUGCGUGAAGUUAUAGGCAGGGUGGUGAUAAUGCAGGCUUAUACCAAAGGCUGGCUUGGAGCUAAAAGGUACAAAAAACUCAAAGAGAAAAGAACCAACAGCGCUAUUGCCAUUCAGUCAGCCUGGAGAGGAUAUGAUACACGCAGGAAGUUCAAGGAUAUAAAGAACAAAAGAAUUGAUGCUGCUAUUCAUAUUCAAGCAGCUUUUAGGGGAUAUUUAACACGCAAAAAUUAUACAAGAAGGAAGAACAGCAUUGGCUAUAAAACAGAUGUGGAAUCAAUGGAUUUUGUUUCCAGCCUCAGAUACGAAGAAAAUGGACAGAAAAGUAGCAGCCCUUCUCCUGCAAAACAGUGCUUUCUUGACAAACAAACAAGCAAGAUUUUAGCUGAUACUUCAGCAUCCCUGGCCAUUCUAAGGCAUUCAGACCAAGUGAAAGAUUUGCAGCCUUUCUUCCACACCAGUUUAACUGCAAAUCACCAGCUCUCUUGUCCACAAAGACGACCUGAACCACAAGUUUCAGAAAACUGUCUUGAACAGAAGCAGAAACCACCACGUCGAAGAUGUCAGCAGCCCAAAGUGCUGAAUAGCCCUGAGGACAACAUAUAUUAUAACCAGUUAAAUGGAACUCUAGGAUAUCAAGGGAGCAAAAGGAAGCCAAGAAAACUUGGUCAAAUAAAAAUGCUUGAUUGGGAAGAUGAGUAUUACAAGUCAUUAUCAGUGGUAGACUCUAUCACAGAAGACAAUGCAUUUCAACCCUUUCCUUCCUCCCAAGGAAUGUCCUUUCAAAGCUGA